AUGGAUGAAGCUGACUUUUCAGAAGAUGCAACGUACAAAGAACAGGAAGACUUGCCUUACGAUGGGGACCUCUCCCAGACGAAGGCGUGCACUUCUUACAGCUUUACCUGGACAAAGGACCCACUUUCUGUGUCAGAGGAAGUUGUUCUUGCUGGAGGAGACCUUCAGGAUACGGCUGCUCUCCAUGAGAUGUGUCAUCUCACAGCUCUGGAUGCGGCUUGGGAUAAGAUGCCUGGAUGUGUUGUCAGCGACAGACGAGAUAAAGAUAAACUACGCACCUUGGCUUCUCCUGCUUCAGCUAGUGAAGGAACUACCUCAAAUUCACACAUUUUGGAUAUUUUACUCCAUUAUCUUUCCAGGGAGCAGUUCCCAAGGCAUCAAGGCGGUGACUGCAAAACUCUCCCAGAGACCUUGAAUACUGACAGUCUUGAUGAUGUAGCUAUUUUUACAACUAUCAUUUCACAUUAUGCAAAGAAUUAUUGUCUCCCAGAAUUCACUGACCAGUUCGGUCCCCAGAGUGGUGCAGAAAAUAGCAACAGGCCCAGAUGUCCUGCAGGCACACCAGGAAAAAACACCUGUCCCUUAGAAAAACCGGUGACUGCUAGGCAGAGCAACCAUCAAGAAGAUGUAAGCUUUCUAAGUAGAACUAAGCAUCCAGGUGAUAAACAUAAAAACUGCCUGGGGCAAACAUCCCAAAGACAGAUGACUGAAAAAGCAAAUUCAGGCAACCAGUUCAAACAUGGCCAAGGUCAAGUGCAUGACCCUCUCCCAGAUUUUUCAAAGGUCAUUCCCAAAGUGAAAAUCGCUAGAAAUACCGUAACUAAUAAACCAUUUACAAUAGCUAACCAAGCCAGCUUUUCUCCUAGGUUGAGAAAUAAAUUAACAGUUGUGCAAGAUAGUUUAGGAAUCACGUCUGGGUCAAACUGUGUUGAAAAACAACCAGAGCAAAAACGGAAAUGUACCGAACCUUCGCAACAAACACAGAGUCUGGCCGCCAUGUCUGAUGUUAACGAGAACACCAGCAACAGAGCUGUGAUGAGACUGACAAUGGCCCUUACUCUCAUGGAGCUUAAGUCUAGGAGACAUAUGGAGUCUGCCAUAGACACCCUCCAAGGACUUCUCACAGUUGAAUCCGAGAAAUAUUGCUGGACAGUGACAUCACCAUCUCAGAAAUAUCCUUCCUCAAAUUCUUACAUAUACCAAAAGAUCUCCCAAGGAAAACACAUGUGCCAGAAACUGAAAGAACAGACUGACCAGCUAAAGACUAAGGUACAAGAAUUUUCCAAAAGAAUAAAACAGGACUCUCUCUGUCAUUUGCAAGACAUAAGAUUGAUGACAGAGGAACAUGCUUGCUGUCUUCCAGGGCCCUGGGGCUCCCAAGGAAUGGAGGUGACAAGUCUGCCAAGGGCAGGGCCACAGGAGGCCACCUCCAAGGAGUUCAGUGAUCUGGUCUCUAUGAUGAAACAGAAAAUAGAGAAAAGAGACCACAGAAGGACCAACUGUGGGAAGCUUUCCAGUACCAUCCACGGAAAAACACCGUACCAGGAUUCAUCUCUCAGUUCCGAUCCAGGGCCCAGCUUCUCCUCUGAUUUUGCUCCUGGACUACAGAGUAACAGAUGUGAGGACUGUGGCAAUAAGACUCACAACUCCCAAAGAGUCUGUGAUGAAAACCCACCGAAAGAAUUCUAUUAUAGAUAUGACACUCCAGGGCAAAAUGACUUAAAUCACAGUGGAGGAUACAUCUUUGCCCAGUCUCACUUCUCACGUGAAAAUAAAAUGUCUUCAUCUUGUGAGUACAUCUUCUGUAUGACCCUGUCUGUACCUAUAACCGCAUUUCCCAGGCCCUCUCUAGAUGCCUGCCUGGGCCUCCUGCACUUAACUGUCACUUAA